CUAGUCUUCAACCCAUCCGAGGACAAUCGCAUUACCAAAAACACUGCCCAUAUCACACUACAGACCAUCAAGACACCUAGCUUAUGGAGGGCUCCUGGCUAUUAUUCGAAACAACCGACUCCAUCAUAGAAGUCCUCUGGGACAUCGCCCUCGCCUUCUUUGUCAUCCGCAUCUCCUUCUACUACUUCCUUCUCACCUUCCUCUCCAGCAUUUUACUCAGCUACCUCGCCUACGCCGAACUCCUACCCAUUACCACCUUCGCUCACUUCCUCUCCACAUCCACCUCCGACCCCCUAAACAACCACAUCCUCCUCCUGACCAUUCUCCUAACCAUCACCUCAGCAACAUGGGCCCACCUCAUCCUCCGCCACUAUGAGGUUCCCCGCGUCGCCCAUUUCAGGUUAGCCAUCUGUUCCAUGGCGCUGGCAUUCAUGGUCUCGGCCGAGAUGGUGGUCGCCUUUGCGCUGUAUGAGGAAGGGUUUGGAGGGUGGGUGUGGGAGGAGAUGAAGAGCGUGGCAGGCGUGGCUUGGGGAGGUUGGAUGGUCAUGUAUGCGGUGAUGCCGGUUUUGCUUAUGGGGGUGGAGAGGAGGAUGGAGGAGGAGAGGGAGGCUAGAGGAACGUUGGGACUUGGGUACCAUAGGGGUGGGACGGUAUUGCAUAAGUUACCAACUAUCAACGAGGAAAAAGCGAUGAUGUAGUGGAGGAUAUUACACAGGUAGCGGCGGGCACGGGUUGGCAUGGACGAUACUGGUAUUGGAGGUUGGGCUUUUAACGGAGGUUAUGGAGUUCACGCCUAGCUUACUGGAAUGACCUGGGUGCGAUCCGAUUUUGUGACUUCAAUAAAAGGAUCACUGUGAAGUCCAGAAGUGGGCUGGGGAUAAGCCAUGUCGAGUGGAUG